AUGGCCAAAGCCGAGUUUAGGCGGCUCAAGCACUGCGAGAUAGUGCGCCAGUCGCGUGUGCGGAAGAAGAAUGAACGCAAGGGUUUGCGCCAGGUGAACGACGAGCUCGAGAAAGAACUCGACAACAUGUUGGCCACGUACAGGAGAGAGAACGACUGGAUGCACUUCGAUGAGCGCAGUCUGCGGGACGUUUUGUUUAAAAAGUUUGUGCAUUCCAUCUACGAAGUGCGCGGACUCCGUCGAGAGAACUCGGAGCUCAAAGACCAGUUCCUUAUCUACGAUGCACUGGGCGAGCAGCUGCAGAGACUACAGGACGAUUUCCAGAUCCCCAGACAAGUUGGCAUACGGACGUCCAUCGGCACGAUCCACUUCCAUAGGCUGACGGUGGCAGAAGCCAGAGACAUUAUGAUUGACUCGCACAGACAGGCGACAUCUUUCUUUGAGACGAUGCAGAGAGUCGAGACUGGAGAGGAGGAGAAGACCAUGGGCUGGACUCAGCACCAGCGUAUCACGGCGGACGGUCGAGUGCAAUUUAACUUUACAAAGAGGAUCGACACAAUCGGCACGGAGGAACUGGUGCACAAGAGCUGGGAAAUGUACUGCGACUUUGGACUCUACCACGGCAUCUACUCGUCCGUACAGAAGCUCGAGAUCCUGCAGAGAAUCAACGACAAUACGCUCUUGAUACGACGAGAUCUCCAGGAAGGAAGCUCGGCUCCGAUCUUCCGCACUGUCUUCCUCCUCUUUCGCAUCCGGCUGCCAAAUGGCUACCUCAUUUGCUUCCGGUCGCACAACCCCGCUGUGCGCGUCGAGGACGACGACGACCCGAAUGUGCAGUGGAUGGAGAUGUUUUACUGGCUCUUGAUCACGGACCCGCCAGUCAAGGAGACUGACCCGGCAGGUAUUAUCGGCCCACCCAGGCCACCUGAGCGGGGCUGCGACGUAACAUUUGGCGGCAAUCUGCUCAACAGUCGAAGCGCCAAACAUGCCACGAUCUGGAAGUACCAGAUCGCUAUGGCGCUGCUGAGAUGGGAGAGCAAUGCUGCCGCACCACUGUUCGCGCUGUUUGGGUAG